UCGGUAGGGUUGCUGGACUUGUAGACUACGAAAGGUCAAGUGCGAUGAACAACGACCCAUCUGUGGCAAUUGUCAGCGUUCUCGCCACUACACAUGUCGAGGCUAUGAGUCAGAUUUGAGCAUGUCUGAGCAAGUGAGACCUGUCACUCUUCAGAGACAGUCUCAGCAACUACACAGCGCUUUGGACUCGUGGCAUGACCGUCCCACCACACUCGAUGGCACUUCCGCGAAUGUUGGACAUUCUUCCAUUCCGGACAUUCACGUUGAUGAGACUUUUUGGGCCGGAACUGGCGACACCACGGAUGUCCCGAUGGAGUUCAUUCCUUUUGAAUCUCUAGUUGAAGACCUGCCGCUUAUGGCCGACGUGCGCAUAAACCACGCCGACGAAUCUAUAGCAGAACAUGCCUUGCCCGAGCCUCUGUCUCUACCGGGAGAUUUAGAAGAUCUACUACGACACUACAGAGAAAUCAUCUGUCCUGCCAUGAUGCCGACCAUCAAUCCCUCACAGAAUCCGUGGCUUCAGGUCUACUUGCCUCUAGCACUACAAACUCCAAGAUCAGCUGCAACAUCCGCUCUUUUGCAUGCGAUUCUCGCCGUGGCAAUCCAGCACAAGGCAAAGAUUGAAGGACAAGUGUCGUCUUCAGUAUCGGUCCAUUCCGCUAAGCAUAGAGCAUAUACCUUGAGUCUGCUGCAAGGAAUCCUCUCAGAACGGCAUUGUCCUGACGAUCAUGCUGAUCGGCAUGCCAUGCUCGCAGCCUCAAUGAGCCUAAUCACCAUUGACGUCUUCAGCGGCAAUAAAGAAAGCUGUAACACUUACCUCAAGCUUGCUCGAACAGUUCUCCAUGGAACCGGAGGAGAGACGUGGUGGAAGUCUAGCCUGAAAUCGAGUAUCCUUUAUCAGACCUUCAAAUGUUAUGAGAUGGUCGCAAGCACAGCUCGAUCGCAUGCCGCUGCACCAAACUCCCCUGAAAGUACUCGGUCAUGGAGCUCCGAUUCUCCCGGAACGAGUCCAGGCGGUGAAAAGAUGCAAUUCACUGCUAGAGAAAACCACGAAAACGACAGAGGAGGAUUUAAUUAUAUGAGUCAUUACACUUUGGACACUUCAUUCGGAAUUAGUCUCCACACAAUGGCCCUGCUCGACAAGACCAUCAGGCUAGUGGACAAGACUGUGUCGUCGCCGGGCGCGUGUUCACCUAGCGGACAACACUUCCAUCUUGCUGAUGAGGUUGAGCAUGAUCUUUACAGCGUUUUGAGCAAUCCCGAGCUCCUCUCAGCACCGAUCGUUCAGCACAAAAUCCAGUGUUUUGACGACACGCCCUGGAAAUCCUCUACUACUCUCCCCACUGUCAUCGCGGACGAGUUGACAGAGAACCAUAUGUGGGCUUUCCAUUACGGAGUUAUAUUAUUCUACCAUCGAGCUGUACGCUUGCCAACCAGAAAGGAUCAUUUCUCAGAAAACAUGCAAUUGCUAGUUAGCAAGCUGUUCGAUCAUCUAGAAAACAUCGAUUGUCUCACAUCCGAUACAGACGUGAGACCUGCAAACACACUUUGGCCAGGCUUCGUGGCGGCUUGUGAGGCGAUCAAUACAGAUCUCAGACACAGAGCUUUGAUUUGGUUUGCAAGAGCAGCGAAGCAUAAAAUUGGAAACAUAUCACAAGCGAAAGAUCUGGUGAUGGAUAUCUGGCGGCGUGUGGACAGACAAAACUUCUCGAAUUCCGGACAUAACGCAUCUGCUGCAGGUACUGCCGGCUUAGGUCCUGUUGAUUGGAGAGUUGUGAUGGAAGAAUCGGGGUUCGGCACCAUGCUGACGUGAAUGACAAGCGCAUAAUCGUCUACGGGCAUCAAAGUGGACCAGCUAGCGAUCUAGCGCGAUGGUCCUCCGGAGAACAAAAUUUUGCGAGCUACUGGUUGACGAUCCCAACACAAACACAUUUGGUGUCGAGCAAAUUCGACUAUGCUUUACCCAUCUCGCCAAUCUUCUGGCUGUAGAAUGCUGUCUCGGCACCUCCCGCAAGAGCUCUCUGUAAUUGAGGGAAAGGCAGCUGCUUUGCGAGCCAGGGUUCCUUCACCUUGUGGAGUUGUA